AGUCGUACGUGUAGACGGGCGCUGUACGUGUUGUUUGAAUUUUGCAUCUGGCCGCGCAAACGCAAGGGGGUGGUAACCGGACAAAGUGUAUUUUGUGAAAUUAAUCCAGUGCCAUUGUCCGCUUGACGGUAUGCGAGUAUUUCACUUUUUGCUAGACUAAACGAUUAAAUACAUUGAAAUAGUAAUAACUAAAUAAAUAUUCACAUUCUCUGUAAUCUAUUCAUAUUUCAAGCCCUAAUUGCUAACCAGGGAGCUAACCUAAUUGCACAAUGACAUAGGUGGCCAGGCUAGCUGGCUAAGCUAUCCAGUCAAAAUAAGGUAGCAUAGCUUGCUAACAUAAGCUAACCGGAGCUGUCGUGACUAGCCAACAUACUAGGGAAACUUUAGAUUUCAGAUCCACCAAGUUGUAAACAUGAACUUGAGGGAUGUGAUCCAUCAUUGAUCUUGCCUUUUAAUUUUUACGCAGACAAGCAAUUGUCCCACUUGCACGGUUGUCACCUUGUGCAGACGCCUUUGUUGUGUUUAUGAUUGCACUCACAUCAGCCACCACCUGGGCUGGGCUGUAGCAAUAACGGUAACGUUCGUGUUAAUGUCAUCACCGCUUUGUUGUGACUGAUGCUAGCAUUUAGAGCUCACAUUUGAACAGUACCACGGGAUCAUUUUGCAGAUAUUUUACAAUUAAUUUCCUUCAGGAUUGUUUUAUGCAUAAUACUUCAAUGAUUAAGCUUUGUCUUUUCCCAUUUUAGAUUGUUCCCUUUUCAACAGGUACAUGCACUGUCGGCAUAAGAAUUGCUGCUGUUGACUGUAAUUCCAGUGGUGAACUCAAGAGUAACAGAGUGGCUAUAGUAACUACUACUAUAAACCAUGUCGUUUGAAUGACCGUGCUCUGUUGAUAGGAGGGGUGUUUCCUCCUAUGCGUUUUUGUCAACAGUCUGCAGCUCCAGACAUGACACAUUGCCUCAGACACUUCUCCCCAUCGUGAGCAUGGCCCUCUGAAUGACAUGUUCCGUCCCCCUCCUUCCCCCCCCCCCCCACCUCCUGCCCUGAUGAUCGACCCCCCUGGUGAGCCCAAGCCGCCGCUCAUGCGCGCCCCAGUGCUGUUUCCAGCCAUGUCCAACCGGACGCCCAACUUCACUCUGGAGCAGAAGCUCUACCUGCUGCAGCGCAUGCAGGGUGUGGUGGAGACGGUGCAGGACUUCCGCAAGGACACCAACACCACGGCGCAGCGCAACGCCGUGUGGGAGCAGCUGGCCCGGGCCUUCAACGCCGCCUUCCCAGACCGGCCGCCCAGCUCCACCGGCUCGCUCAAGACGCUGUGGAAGCGGCUGAAGGUGGAGUGCCGCGCGGCGCUCCACAGGCGCCAGGAGCAGCUGGCCGCGGGGCUGAACCCCACCGCGCUCACGCAGGUGCAGAGGGAGGUCACCGCGCUGGUGCCCAACCUCAUCUCCAACAAGGACGACCUGGACGGAGACAUGGGCUACUCCACCAACAAGGGCACAUCGCCUGUCACUGGUACCAGUGGGAGUGACCAGGAGGAAGUGGAUCAUAAUGAGGAUCAGGACAGUAAGGAGCAGUUGGCCAUUAACCUGGGUCUGGCCACGCCCUCUGAUCAGAAGCUAGAGUCAUCUGGACUGUCCCCAGACCACGCCCCUAACCAGCACCUCCGGCCCCGCCCCCAGGCCUCUUCCGACUCCACGCCCCGCCCCCCUGCGCUCUUCUACCCCAGUCAGGCUCCUCCCCUGGCGCCGACGCCCUUGCGGCCCUGCGUCUUCGAGGAGCCCCCGGUGGAGCCGCGCAGCGUGUCGCGCGUGUGCGAGCGCGCGGGCGGCGGCGGUCCGGCGUGGGACGAGCAGCGGCGGGAGCUGGAGCACGAGCAGAACAUGCGUCUGCUGGCGCUGCAGGAGAGCGUGUGGGAGGGCAAGCGCCGCGCCGCCCGGCAGAAGGAGAAGGCGGCGCGCGCCAAGAAACUCUACUACCGGGCCAAGCUCCAGAGGAUAGGGGCCGAGGUGCCCGCGUCCAGCUCCUCAGACGACAGUGACCACUGACGUUUACACGCACACACACACACACGCACACACAGGCACACACACACACACGCACACGCACACAUACACACACACACACACACACGCACACACACACACACGCACAAACACACACACGCAUGCACACACACACACGCACACACACACACACACACACACAAAUGAGCAAGUGAUUUUAACUCCUGCUUAAAUGGCAAAGGACUGGAUAGACGAUGCACUCAAACUGGUCCAUGUCAUGACUGUUUUAUCACUGUAAGAAUGAACGCAUAUCUGGCACAUGGCGGAACUCUGAAUGGAGUUUUCAACUAUACGAGUUAGGGCAACAGGUUUGGUCAUGCAAACACAAAACUGCAAAUCUAGGCUAUGAUCACUGUUUAAUCUUCAAAAGACUAGCCACACAAAAAUGCAUUUCAAUGCAUUGAGGUGUUUGGUUAAAGCUGCUGUAAGCAAUACUCAUUUUGAAUAAGCUAAACAAACAUUACAUUCUGGUAGUGAUCACUGAAAUAUGGAAUACAUUUAUAUAUCGCUUUUCUACUGUCAAGACAUUCAAAGUGUUUCACAAUGAAUGUCUUAUACCCUUUUUUCUGACACACACAUACAGUACAUACACACACUAGUCAGCACAUUGGGAGCAGAUGGGUUUCCAUGUCUUGCUCAAGGACACUUCAUCACAAGAGCAAGAGGAGCCAGACUCAGACCAGGCACACUCUGGUUUCCACAUGAUCGCUCCACCUCAUGGACCCCGAACAGAAGGUCUAGGAGAAGAGAAAAACACCAGUCUGUUCCUCCUAACCUCCCCAGUGAGCUCCUAUAAGUGUCACAUCAGAGUGAGAGUAUAGAUCAGUCAAGGAACAACUGAAGUGAAGGGCAUCCCUGCCUGCAAAUGAUUUUGCGUGUGCACAGCACAUUAAAGAACUGCUGACAUUGCUUACAGCAGCUUUAACAGGCUCAGAAUGUCCCUCAUGCUUUGCCGUACCCCGUGAAUCAAAGACCUGGCCUCAUUAGCAGACUGUUGAUACAGUUCUCUCUUGGAACUAGAUCCUCUUAGUUGUUUUUUUAAACACAUUUACAAGAUUUCAGAACCUUUUAGAUACCGUUCAGGUCCAAUUCAAAGCCUCUUGUACAAACCUCCACCUCACUUGCCUUCUUUAGAACUGGUGGCGUGCACCUGUUUCCCUGAAUGUAACACAAUCUCAUUUACCAGUUACAUUAUGAGGGCCAUGGUAUUCAUGGAUGAGUCUAGUGGGGGAAAAUCAUGCAUUUCCAACGUUGGGACAAUAUGUUUGGACAGUACAUUGUCUUGGUUGGUCAACUACAUUUCAAGUUGGUUAGAUUGUAUUUUUGCAACUACAACUUCAAGCUUAUAUUUAUUGCCAGUCCUUGUCGAUGAUACCCACACAUAUCUAUAGAUGUGUCUGCGUACGUGAACAGAGACCUUUCUUCCGUGUCCUGGGUAUUGUGGAUUCUGUGUACAAAGCAUUGAGUAGAUGCUUGGAAGGUGUCUGGGGAUGCCAUCCAACUCAGGGCAGCUUGGCCAUAACCAGCUAUCACUGCCUCAUUCAAAUGUGUACAUGCACACACAGACACACACACACACACACACACUCACAGACAUACACACAUAAAGACAGCCAGACCUGUAGCAAUAAUUGUUUUUCCUU